GACGAUAAUCAAUAACAUGAUUGUAAAUAAAUAAUCACCGUUAUUUAUUUAACUGAAGUUAUAUAUUUAUUCCCGUCAUGAAGUCAAGAUUAAUGACCAUCAUUAUUUAUUACCCUGUCAUCCAUUUCCAUCCAUGAAUAUCCAUGAAUUUGAGCAAAAUUACUAAUUGAAAUCUAUCCCAAAUCUGAUUAAUCGACGUAUUCAGAGUACAUCUCGUGACAUCUAUGUGCAGAAUAUUACUAUAUGGGAGUUUGGGAGUUCAUGAUUUGAAUCAAAGACAUCAUGCUUCUUAGAAACAGAAGUAUAAAAUUCGAUCGGUUUUUGCGUGUGGAUCAGAAGCUUAACAUUCUCUGGCUUCAUUCUUCCUCAGAGACUGAAAUUGAAAGAAUUACAAGAAUAAUUAACGACCAUCCAUUUCCUGAUAAGCCAUUGCAUCCUACUCUUCGCUCUCUGAUUCCACCGACUGCAUUGUCGACCCAUUUCGUGCAAAAUGUUCUUGGAAGAUUGUUUGCUGCGCACUCAAACGGCCUCAAAGCGUAUGAGUUCUUUCAAUAUUCCCUUCUCAGUAACCAGUACGUUCCAAGUUCAGAUGCUUUUGAGAAGACUCUCCACAUACUGACACGAAUGCGAUACUUUGACAAAGCCUGGGAAUUAAUGGAAAGAAUCAAGCAGACUCACCAUUCCUUGCUCACUCCAAAGUCAAUGAGCAUCAUGUUAUCGAGAAUUGCUAAAUUCCAAUCCUAUGAAGACACUCUGGAAGCAUUUGGAAAGAUGGAGAAAGAGAUAUUUUCAGGGAGCAAAUUUGGCACGGAUGAGUUCAAUGUACUGCUUCGAGCAUUUUGCACACAGCGGCAGAUGAAAGAAGCGAGAUCUGUCUUCAACAAGCUGCAUUCUCGAUUUUCUCCCAACACCAAGACUAUGAAUAUUUUGCUUUUGGGGUUCAAGGAAUCAGGUGAUGUUACUGCAAUAGAGCUGUUUUAUCAUGAGAUGGUUCGAAGAGGUUUUAAGCCUAACAAUGUCACUUAUAAUAUUAGAAUUGAUGCUUACUGCAAGAAAAGAUGUUUUGGUGAUGCUAUGAGACUUUUUGAAGAAAUGGAACGUGUAAACUGCUUCCCUACAGUAGAAACAAUUACCACUCUGAUUCAUGGAGCAGGGAUGGCUCGAAAUAUUUCCAAAGCUAAACAAUUGUUCAAUGAAAUUUCAACGAGAGGUUUGAAGCCAGAUACUGGGGCUUAUAAUGCCCUUUUGAGUUCUAUUGUCAGAUCCAGGGAUAUGAGUUCAGCAGCAGCCUUAUUUGAAAAGAUGGAAAAGAAUAAUAUUGAGCAUGAUAAUGUCACUUACCAUACUAUGUUUUUGGGAUUAAUUAGAUCAAAGGGGAUUGAUGGUGUCUCUGAACUCUAUCAAAGGAUGAUUGAGAAGAAUUUUUUGCCCAUGACACGGACGGUUGUGAUGCUAAUGAAGUUCUUCUGUGAGAGCCGAAGAGUCGAUUUGGGUUUGGAUUUGUGGAGGUACUUGAUGAAGAAAGGGCACUGUCCACACAGUCAUGCCCUGGACCUCCUGGUCACGGGUUUAUGUUCCCGUGGGAGAGUUCAAGAAGCAUUUGAGUGCUCUAAGCAAAUGCUAGAGAGAGGCCGUCAUAUGAGUGAGCUAGCGUUUCAGAUGUUAGAGAGGUUUCUAGUUCAGAUGGGAGAGUUGGACCAAUUGCGGGAGCUAGAGCACAUGACAAAGAAGUUAAAAAUAUUGUUGCCUCCUUCCAAAGAGUGCACUAUCACUAUGUAGGUUUCUUACCAUUUGCAAUACGGCUAGGCCUCCGGUUCUUGCUUCUUUCUUUUCUUCCUAGGCGACUUCCUGCAAGGCAAUAGCGUUCGAUUAAGGCUUCAAUCACAGGUAAGAUGCAACUGUAAUUUGUUGUAUUAAUUCAUGAACAGAUAAAUCCCUCCAGGGCUUCUCUAGUCGACCUUUCUGAUUACAUUGAAAUGAACAUAUUGCAUCCGGGAUUCUUUUAAGUUAGUUCAAUGUUAUUUCCAUCUUUUUUUAUCA